CUCUGGCCUGACCGGCCGGUGUGGGCUGCAGUCGCGCGACCCGCGGCAGUUCAGGCGUCAGAGCGGACCCAGCAAGCGUUGGCCGCGGACAUGACGCCUGAGGACCAGGAGGAGACCCAGCCGCUCUUGCGGCCGCCGGGCGGCAGCUCUCCCCGCGGCCGCCGCGUCUUCCUCGCCGCCCUCGCCGCUGCCCUGGGCCCCCUCAGCUUCGGCUUCGCGCUCGGCUACAGCUCCCCGGCCAUCCCGAGCCUGCGGCGCGCCGCGCCCCCGGCCCCGCGCCUAGACGCCGCCGCCGCCUCCUGGUUCGGGGCCAUCGUGACCGUGGGCGCCGCGGCGGGAGGCGUGCUGGGCGGCUGGCUCGUGGACCGCGCCGGGCGCAAGCUGAGCCUCCUGCUCUGCGCCGUGCCCUUCGUGGCCGGCUUCGCCGUCAUCACCGCGGCUCAGAACGUGUGGAUGCUGCUCGGAGGCCGCCUCCUCACCGGCCUGGCCUGCGGCAUUGCCUCGCUAGUGGCCCCGGUCUAUAUCUCUGAAAUUGCCUACCCCGAAGUGCGGGGGCUGCUGGGCUCCUGCGUGCAGCUGAUGGUCGUCAUAGGCAUCCUCCUAGCCUACCUGGCAGGCUGGGUCCUCGGGUGGCGCUGGCUGGCCGUGCUGGGCUGUGUGCCCCCCGCCUUCAUGCUGCUGCUCAUGUGCUGCAUGCCCGAGACCCCUCGCUUCUUGCUGACCCAGCACAAGCACGAGGAAGCCAUGGCCGCCAUGCAGUUCCUGUGGGGCUCCGAACAGGGCUGGGAAGAGCCCCCUGUCUGGGCUGAGCACCAGGGCUUUCACGUGGCCCAGCUGCGGCAUCCUGGCGUCUAUAAGCCCUUCAUCAUCGGCAUUUCACUGAUGGCCUUCCAGCAGCUGUCGGGCAUCAACGCUGUCAUGUUCUAUGCAGAGACGAUCUUUGAGAAGGCCAAGUUCAAGGACAGCAGCCUGGCCUCGGUCAUCGUGGGCAUCAUCCAGGUUCUGUUCACGGCCGCGGCGGCCCUCUUCAUGGACAGAGCCGGACGGAGACUGCUCCUGGCCUUGUCAGGUGUGGUCAUGGUGUUUAGUACCAGUGCCUUUGGUGCCUACUUCAAGCUGACCGAGGGCGGCCCCAGCAACUCCUCACACGUGGACCUCUUGGCACCCAUCUCCGUGGAGGCUGCCGAUGCCAAUGUGGGGCUGGCCUGGCUGGCGGUGGGCAGCUUGUGCCUCUUCAUCGCCGGCUUCGCUGUGGGCUGGGGGCCCAUCCCCUGGCUCCUCAUGUCUGAGAUCUUCCCUCUGCACAUCAAGGGCGUGGCCACUGGCGUCUGCGUCCUCACCAACUGGUUCAUGGCCUUUCUGGUGACAAAAGAGUUCAGCACCCUCAUGGAGGUGCUCAGGCCCUACGGUGCCUUCUGGCUGGCCUCUGCCUUCUGCACCUUCAGUGUCCUUUUCACUCUGGCCUGUGUCCCUGAAACUAAAGGAAAGACUUUGGAGCAAAUCACAGCCCAUUUUGAGGGGCGAUGACGGCCUCUUCCUGUUAGUGGCUGCCCCUCCUAGCUGGACCAGCUUUGGACCCUGGAGGGGAUGGAACCCGCCUGUGACUCCAAACUGAGCCUCAGCUGGAGCCUGCCCGUCCGCAAGGAGUCAGGAACCAGGACUGUAGCCCCUUGGAGCCUUGUUCUCUGGGGUCCCUCCUGCCUGCCCCGCUCUCUACAGCCCAGCGAAGCACGGGGACAAGGUUCCCAGCCCCUGGGUCGUUUCCGUUGCUGCCCUGUGACUUGGGAGGAGGGAACAUCUCGGAGACGCUUUGCUGUCCUAUGGUCAGUUCUUCACACACCAUCUCCAUUAUGACAUGCAAGUGACAGUGGAGAAGGGGGACUCUUGCUUCCUUGUUUUCUGGAGAAGAUGCUUUUGGAGGCUGGGUGAUGGCCCAUGGUUUCUCUCACGUGGCUGCAUUAUCAGGAAGGAACUUUGCCAAAUAAAUAUUUGAUUCAGAAAA